UUCGAGGUCAUUCAGUCCCUCUCUGAUUCACUCUAUCGGCGUGUGUGUGUGUUGAGGGAACGGGUAGUUGGAGUAAGGAAUCGCCGGGCGCUAGUGCAUCACGAAUGCUUUUUUUUGGGAAAGAAACGCCGCUGAAAAAUUACACCAUAGACCGAAGAAGCGACCCCCGGUGACGACUUCUGUGAAAAGAAUCUUUUCAACGCAGCGACUGCGCCACACGCACAGCCAGGCAAACGCAGCCGGGCUAUCAAAUGUUAGCCUACUAGCAUCCCUGAAAACAGACGGGAUCAAGGUGUUGAUAGCUAGCCUCCCAGCUAAUUGCCCAUCAGCUAGCAUCCUCAGCGGUAGCAUCAUUAGCUCGUUUCUCCUCGCGCACGUCGAGACCUCGCCAUCGCUCGUGGCGGUCCCUUUUAGGUCGCGGCAAUCAAAUCCGACACUGAGACAAAAACAGAGAGCGGUUCCUCCUCACUGGUGCUGGAGACGGCGUCUGCGUUGCAUUAGUUGACACCAUCACACCCAACCCCAUCACCUCUGCCCCUCUUCCUCCACCCGAAACACUGGAAAUCCACAAGCGGCCGGGUAGCGGCGAGGGGCCGGCGAAGCUGGGGGUGGUAACGCUACCGGACUCGCAGGGAGUCACAGCGGCUACAGACAAGCACAGCCGUGGGGAUCUACCGACAAGUAUGGACGGGCUGGCCGUGGAAGUUCGCGGCUCGAACGGGGCCUUCUACAAGGGUUAUAUCAAAGAUGUCCACGAAGACUCGCUCACAAUUGUGUUUGAAAACAACUGGCAGCCAGAGAGACAGUUGCCCUUCAGUGACGUGCGGUUGCCUCCUCCAGCCGACUAUCACAAGGAAAUUGGUGAAGGAGAGGAAGUGGAGGUUUACUCCAGGGCCAACGAACAGGAGCCAUGCGGCUGGUGGCUGGCGCGGGUCAGAAUGAUGAAGGGAGAAUUCUAUGUGAUCGAAUAUGCGGCGUGCGACGCCACGUACAACGAGAUAGUCACGUCAGAGCGCAUCAGGCCUCUAAACCCCAACAGCCCUGCCUCUCGAAACACCUUCCACAAGAUCCCCAUCCCCGUCCCAGAAGACCUGAGGACAUGUGACUGUGCAAACGACAACAUUCACAAAGACUUCAGGAAAGCAAUCGGAGCCAACUGCAUCUUCUACAGUGCCCAAACACAUGAGCUCAUCGUGCUGUCCACAAAUGAAACCACAGUAAAGCGUGCAGCUCUUCUGAGCGACAUGCAUUUCCGGAGCAUCCGUACCAAGCUUAUGCUAAUGUCCCGCAAUGAAGAAGCCACCAAACAUUUGGAGACAAGUAAGCAGUUAGCAUCGGCGUACCAAGAGGAGGUGAGGGUCAGGGAGGACCUGAUGGGCCUCGCCAUCGGCUCCCACGGUGCCAACAUCCAGCAAGCGAGGAAGGUGCCUGGUGUUACAGCGAUCGAGCUGGAGGAGGAAAGCUGCACGUUCAGGAUCUAUGGAGAGACCCCAGAGGCAGUGAAGCAGGCCAGAGAGUAUCUCGAGUUCAAGGAAGACUACUUUCAGGUACCCAGGAACCUUGUAGGCAAAGUCAUCGGCAAAAACGGCAAAGUCAUCCAGGAGAUUGUGGACAAGUCGGGCGUGGUCCGUGUCAGGAUCGAGGGAGACAACGACAAAAAGCUUCCCCGCGAGGAGGGCAUGGUUCCCUUUGUGUUUGUGGGAACCAAGGAGAACAUCAGCAACGCUCAGGCUCUGUUGGAGUACCACGUGUCCUAUCUCCAGGAGGUGGAGCAGCUGCGCCUUGAGCGCCUGCAGAUUGACGAGCAGCUCCGUCAGAUCGGGGUUGGGUACCGCGCGCCUACCGGCCGAACCGGGGGCCCUGGUGUUGAUCGAGAGAAAGGCUACCUGACAGAUGAAAGCACCAAUUCACUCCACACUCGAACCUACGGGGGCCGCGGCAGAGGGCGAAGGGCCUCCAACAGUCAGUACUCCGGAUAUGGCACAAACUCUGAGCUGUCCAAUGCCUCUGAGCCAGAGGACCUCACCGAGCGAGACCAGAGGCCCCGUGGAAUAGGCAACGAUGAGAGGGGAUCCCGACGGGGUGGUAGGGGCCGAGGAUCCAACUCAGGACGAGGUCGCGGAGGGCCAGGAUCCAAGCCUUCGAACUCAAUCAGCUCAGUACUGAAGGACCCAGACAGUAAUCCAUACUCCCUGCUGGAGGGUGAAGGAGAGCUGGCUGACGCAGACAUCAGCGAAGGCAUGGGAGACCGCCGCAGACGAUCCCGCCGCCGCCGGAACGACCAGGAGCCCAGUGUCAUGGACGCAGCUGCAGAGUCGGACAGCCAGGCCGGCCCGAGUGAGAACGGACUAGAUGAAGAAGCCCGGCCUCAGCGCCGCAACCGAAGCCGCCGCCGCCGUAACCGUGGCAACCGCCCAGAGGGAGGUUCAACCAGCCGUGACAGACAGCCAGAAAGUGUGACUGUUGCUGACUACAUAUCCCGCGCCGAGUCCCAGAGCAGACAGAACCUGCCCCAGAAGGAAAACCACGCUGCCCCUGAGCCCAAGGAGAACGGCACCACCGCCAAGAAGGAAGAGCGAACGCCCUCGAAGCGUUCCCCCAGCAAAGGAUUGACCUCGCCCAGCGAGACCCUGACCUUGGUCAACGGGGUCUCAUAAAGAGACGAGCGAACCCUUGCGAACCCAAGUCUAGAGCAAGACUCCAUGGCAAACUCUGUCCCUGCUUGCAUUAACUUAAACCUUAAACAGAUGAGUGAAAAAGUACCUGACAAAAUACCUGAGUUCAUACUACGAGAGUGAAAAAGUACAAAAAAACGACAAACGCAUCUACUUAAAACCACACGUUAACGGUGUAUGCUACCCUAUCUAUCAGUACUUAGUGCUUAUUUAAAAGAAAAAAAAGAGGAAAAAACAACUAGCUUGCCAAAAAAGAGCUGGUGGAUAUGACUUGAUUUUUAAAAAUACUGAAACACGAGAAACAGGACGAGACGUUUUUUUUUUUUUUGUUGUUGUUGUUGUUGUUUGUUUUUUGUUUUGAACUGUUUGUCUUUAUUUCUGUUAAUGUUAAUUUUGUUCAUUGUUUAUCACUGGUUUCGACUCGGCGGUCGCUCUCUCAACCAAAACAGACGCAUCUCUUUAUAACGGUGUUUAAAGUGCACACAGGAGAGAUGUAAAGCUGUAUGAGCAGACAGUCCGGCUCAUGUGACGCCAUGUUCGCACACUGAACCUGGGAGUGAAGACGGAUUGGAAUACAGAUAGACAUUGUGCCUUGAAUUUGAAAAACAAAUAUAUAUAUAUAUA